AUGGUCGCCAGUAUGACUACGGCCUACACGAACUACCAAACGUUCGGACUUCAGUCGUACCUGGAUCAUCUCUCAAGCGAUAUCACGAUUUAUGGCGUAUGUUACAUCGCAGGUGCUGUGGUUUUGUUCUUCACGAACGCUACUCAGAGCUUCUGCUUCCGCUACAUGGCAGAAAAGUUAACGUCGAGAUUGCGAGACAUUCACUUCUCCGCGCUAUGCCGCCAGAAUAUCGGCUUCUUUGACGAAAAGAAGAACGCCACUGGAGCUCUUGCAGCCGAUUUAUCAACAAAUGCUACGAAAGUUGCGAUGAUUUCUGGAGAUUCUCAAGGUCGAGUGGUGCAAGCUGCGUUUACUUUCAUUGCUGCUCUGGUUAUUUCGUUUACGACGGGUAGUUGGCUGCUGACUCUCGUGAUGCUCGCCGUGUUCCCGCUUCUUAUUAUGGGGCAAAUUAUUCGAAUGAAACAUGUCCGUAAGGGCAACGUAUUGUCAGAUGAGCUGGCGGAUGUUGGCGCGCACGCCUCAGAAGCGCUGACUAACAUUCGGACGGUUGUUUCCAUGGGUUUAGAGCAAUCUAUGACCGAGAAAUUCAACGAUUUACUCGAGGAACCUCUUGCCAGUGGACGUCGUGAAGCUCGGUUGAAUGGCGUUGCGUUGGGGUUCAGUUCGUUUAUUGUUUUUGCAACGUAUGCGCUUGUGUUCUGGUACGGCGGCAAGCUGGUUGACGGCGGGAAUAUUACAUUUUCUAAGCUUAUUCGCACCCUGAUGGCGAUCAUGAUGUCAGCUCAGGGUGUUGGACAAGCUGCGUCAUUUCUAGGAGACUCGGAUAAUGCAGUGAAGGCUGGCAAAGCGAUUGUUGCGCUCAAGAACCUUGAGCCUCCUAUCGACUCGUUCGACGAGAGUGGCUUGCGCCCUACACAGCUUGAAGGCAAAAUUGAGUUCAAGAACGUUACCUUCCGAUAUCCGACCAGGCCAGAAAUUACAGUACUCAAGAAUUACAACCUCACUAUUGAAGCUGGACAGACCGUCGCCUUCUGUGGACCCAGCGGUGGAGGCAAGAGCACGUGUGUCUCUCUUAUUGAGAGGUUCUACGACCCAGUUGAAGGCCAAGUAUUGCUGGACGGGGUUGACACGAAAGAGCUCAACCUCAACUGGCUGCGAAGUCAGAUUGGACUGGUCGGUCAGGAACCCACGCUCUUUAUCGGUACCAUUGCGGAGAACAUCGCGUACGGACUCACGGAGAAACCCACUCAGCACGACAUCGAGGAGGCUGCCAAGAUGGCCAACGCUCACGGAUUCAUCACGAAAUUCCCUGAUGGUUACAACACGCAGCCACGAGUGCUUUAG